ACCCCCUCUCCUCCCUGGCCCCCCGCCGCCCUCUCCCACCUCUCCUGCUCCCCGCCGCCGCCGCCCCUCUCCUCCUCGGCUCCCCUCCCCGCCCCUCACUCCUUCGCGCGGCACGGGCUGACGUGGAUCUGGCGAGUCGCGGCCUACCUCCCGUGGCUGCUCGUCGGUGAGCGCGUUCUCGAAGGCCUCCUCCUCCAACUCCUCCUCCUGCUGCUGCUCCGCCCUCGGCGCCUCCCCGCCGGCCGUGGUCCCCGCUUGCUCCUCGGGAGCCGAAGGCGGCGAGGCUCGCGCAGCCUUCCCGGCAGUGCUCUCCUCCUCCUCCGCCCUCGGCGCCUCCCCGCCUGUCGCGGCCCCGCUGCUCCUCUGGCAUCGGCGGCGAUGAGGCUCGCGCUGCCUCCCCGACGGUGCUCUCCUCCUCCUCGGGAACCGACGGGAGGGGCGCGUCGCCUUCUCGGGCUCUGGCUUCGACUCGGCGCUGUGCCGCUGCAACUGGGCCGCCCGUGCCGCCGCCAUGCUAGGCGAGCGCAAGCGUGAGCGUGGCGGCGCCGAGGUGCCAGCACCGUGGAGGAGGGUCUACGCCGAGGUCCCCAGGCUAGGCACCCUGUCCGCGUGCCGCGCCCCCGUGAGGGGGGCGUCGCCUCGACCCCCGCGCGUCGCACUCUCAACCUCGUCGCUGGAUAGCUCGUGCUCUUUGACGGCGGCUGCAAGGGAGGAGAAGACUACUCUGUCUGAACUCGAGAAAACAUUUUCAGAGAAGAUAGCAAAUGCAGAAGAAUGUCCAAAGAUGGAGCAGGAUGACAAAUCGAUCCACAUCCUUCGCAAGUCCAUCGGCUCAUUUCUGGGUGGUGACGCUGAUGAUCAAUUUGGUCAAGAUGAUGACUGAAGCUGCUAUCACCUAAUGGGUUCUUUGAGAUCUAUGUGGAUAAUAUGUUAUUGGAGAGAUAUAUCAGUGCAUAAGGAGGCAAAGUCGGAGUUGAUAUGUUGACUGCACAGCUCACGUGUUUAGUUUUCACUGGCUCGAGCUAUGUUGUUCUGAAGCAUGACUUCUCAUCAGUUUGUUUGCCACAAGUGAAUUUGACAAUGGCCAAAGGGAUUUCAAGUUUGUCUGCCUUAAGUGAAUUUGACAAUGGCCAAUGAACAGUAUUUAUUUUUAAUUUACUUGUGUGGUUCCUUAAUAGGAUGGUAAAUUGCCAAUAGAAGCAGCUGCAUCCAGAGGAUGGAUGGUAUGCGUUGAGAUUCUUUUGCCUGUAACAAAUUCUUUGGAGAAAUUUACAAACUUGAGCAUUCCUUGAAUGCUUAAACAAGAAGUGUGCAUUCCUGCUCUCCAA